CCAUGGCUGUCAUGUGAUAUUCAUACAGCUCGAAAAAGUGCCUUCUUCGUGAUCACUUUUUAAUAAUUUUGUGUUUUCUGUUCAACCAACAAACCUGCUGAUUACGGCAGACCUGCAGUAUUACUCUUAAGUUAUAAAAAGUGCUUAAAAAUGGUUGAAGCUUACGUUCCCCCUCUUAUUAUUACCGUCAUUUGGGCAGUUAUUGGCAUCAUAGGCCCUUUCCUUGCUCGUGGCCCUAACAGGGGCGUGACUCAAUGCUGUAUUAUGCUCACUGCUGUUACCUGUUGGCUCUUUUGGCUGUGCUGUUACUUGACGCAAAUGAACCCAUUGAUUGGCCCCAAACUAUCCAUGAACGAAAUUAUGAUCAUGGCCCGUGAGUGGGGUAACGAAAUCAAAGACACCAUGGAUGUCGUGGCAUAAAAGGGAAAUAUAAUGUCAUUCCUUUUAAAUUUGUUAUUUUUUCUUCCAUUAAUAUUGUUUUCAUCGUACAAUUGUGUUUAUCAAUUUCCCUUUAAAAUAAAACUGUUUAAGUUUGCAUUAUAAUAUUUACAAAUAAAUAAUUUCCA